CAUUAACAACAACCCGUCAAGACACUCAAACUCGAGUCUCGGUGCUUGACAGGGCUGCCUCUAGCCAACACGGGGGGCUCAGUUUGCUAUAAGAUAAGACAGGGCGGGCAUAACGUGUUACAGAGAGCCGCAGAAGAAUAAUCUGCAGGAGUAUUCUCACAAGAAUGUGAAAGAACGAGAAGGGAGAGUCGAAAGCAGUUUGAAUAGCUCGAUAUUGGAAUUUUGGAUUUUGGAAUCCAAAAUUGGAUUUUGGAAUCGUGUUCUUUUUGGCGACAUAAAGCGUCACUGUGUGGGCCGUCCCGAGCGCUGAAGAAAACUUCUGAGCUGAGACACACCUCUCUCUCGCUCCCUCUCUCUCACACACAUACACUGGCACGGCAUAAGAAGACUGCACAUCACCACUCCAGUAAUAAAAAAGAAAACUCGCUGAGCGCAGAUAAAAACGCAGCGGCACAAGGCAGAAAUGAUGCAGCCUGACAGGAGCAAGGCGCUGGGAGUGGAAGUCAAGGACGCGAGGAGCCCCAGAGACCUCCGAGCCCUGAGGAAGCUAGGCGUGACGGAGGAUGAUGACGUGCGUUUCAUGCUGAUGGGCUCCAGCCUGUGGAAGAUCCGCUCCCCGCGCUGGCAGAAGAGGAGGGAGCUGAGGCUGCUGGAGGAUGGCAUGACGGUGUGGUGUGAGACCCACAAGAGAUCCAAGAGAGCCACCUCGCAGCAGACCUUCUCAGUGAUGGAUGUGCAGUGUGUGCUGGAGGGCUGUCAGUCAGAGGUGCUGCGGGGGCUGUGCGGCUCGAUCCCCGAGGCUCACUGCUUCACUGUGGUGUUCAAGGGGUCACGCAGAGGCCUGGACCUGGCUUGCAGCUCGGAGGAGGAGGCACGCCACUGGAUCAGGGGGCUGCGGAGGCUGCAGGAGAGGGGACAGACCAUGAGCCAGAGAGAUAAGCUGGAGCACUGGAUCUACGGGUACCUGCGCAGAGCCGAUGCAGACAAGGACAACACAAUGAGCUUCAAGGAGGUGAAGAGCCUGCUGAAGAUGAUCAACAUAGAGGUGACUGAGCUGUACGCACGGCAGCUAUUCAAGCAGUGUGACCGCUCUGGAAAUGACCGCCUGGAGAACAGCGAGAUCGAGGAGUUCUGCCGGCGGCUCAUGAGGAGGCCGGAGCUGGAGGCCCUGUUCUGCCGCUGCUCGGGGGAGGACUGCGUGCUCUCGGACGAGGAGCUGCUGGAGUUCCUCAAGGAGCAGGGAGAGGAGGCAACGCUGAGCAAGGCGAGAGAUAUCAUCCAGGAGUACGAGCUGAACGACACGGCGAAGCAGCAGAGGUUGAUGAUGCUUGAUGGCUUCCUGAUGUACCUGCUGUCGAAGGAGGGGGACAUAUUUAACCCCGCCCACGCCACAGUCUACCAGGACAUGAGCCAGCCCCUGAGCCACUACUUCAUCUCCUCGUCUCACAAUACGUACCUGCUGCAGGACCAGCUCGGGGGCCCCAGCAGCACCGAGGCCUACCUCAGGGCUCUGAGUCGAGGCUGUCGCUGUGUGGAGCUCGAUUGCUGGGAGGGUCCGAACGGAGAGCCCAUCGUGUACCACGGACACACCCUAACCUCCAGGAUCCUGUUCCGUGAGGUCAUCGAGGUUGUGCGAGACUACGCCUUCCAGGUCUCCCCAUACCCCCUCAUCCUGUCUCUGGAGAAUCACUGUGGCCGGGAGCAGCAGGUGGUGAUGGCCCGACACCUGCGCUCCAUCCUGGGGGAGACACUGCUGACCAAGAGCCCAGGGAGCAAAGGAACCAGGAGCCUGCCCUCCCCUGAGGAGCUGAAGGGGCGGAUCCUAGUCAAGGGAAAGAAGCUGAGUGGCCAGCAGGCGGAGUCUGACAGCUCUUCCAGCUCAUCCGAUUCAUCAUCCUGCUCGGAGGAGGAGGGGUCAGGAGAGGGGGGCGGGAUCAAGACCAAAAACAAGAAGAAGAACAAAAAGAAAGAAUCCGUCAAGGUCUCCCCUGUGCCUGUGAAUGGCAGUAAACAGAGCUGCUCGUCUAGCCUCGCUCCAGAACUCUCUGAUCUCGUUGUGCUGUGCCGCAGCGUGCAUUUCCGUGGCUUUGACCACGCCUCCCAGCAGCCGGCCAAUGAGAUGUCAUCAUUCUCAGAGGGCAAAGCACGCCGCCUCAUCCGAGACGAGGGAAACAUGUUUGUUCGUCACAAUGCCCGACAGCUCAGUCGGAUCUAUCCCUCGGGUCUGCGCGCUCACUCCUCCAACUACAGCCCCCAGGAGAUGUGGAACGCAGGCUGCCAGAUCGUGGCGCUCAAUUUCCAGACCCCCGGAGAGGCGAUGGCCCUGAAUCAGGGGCGCUUCCUGCAGAACGGAAACUGCGGCUACACCCUGAAACCAGCCUUCCUGCGCAGUGCCGACUCCACCUUCGACCCUGAGCAUCCCGCCCGCGGACAGGGCUACCAUGCCAAGACCCUGACCGUCACGGUGAUCUCAGCCCAGCAGCUGCCCAAGCUGAAUCCGGAGAGGCCGAAUUCCAUCGUGGACCCGCUGGUGAGGGUGGAGCUGCACGGGGUGCCCGCUGACAACGCCCGCGCUGAGACCCCCCACAUCAACAACAAUGGGUUCAACCCGCAGUGGAACCACACCCUGGUGUUCGAUGUGGGGGUCCCGGAGCUGGCGCUGGUCCGGUUCGUAGUGGAGGACCACGACACCACCUCCAGCAACGACUUUGUGGGACAGUUCACCCUGCCCUUCACCAGCCUGCGCCAAGGGUACCGGCACAUCCACCUGCUCUCUGCGGACGGUGCCUCCAUCUCCCCGGCGUCUCUCUUCGUGCACAUCAAAGUGUCAGAGCUGUCCAGGAGCCAGUCUGACUGAGCCCCCCGGAGCAAGACCCCAGUGCAGAGCAGAGGGGCUCACUGUUCCUCAGGGCUGUGCAGAGAGCAGCCAGCUCAAUGCCUUGCACACUGCAACUCUGCAGCACUGCAUCACAGCACUGACUCACAUUUUAACAAGGGAGGAUGGCCUACAUGUUUUUAAAUUAUUCGUUAAUCAUUUUUUUAAAAAUACAUUUUUAUGUAGUUCUGUUUUUGUUAAGUAGUCCUGUUUGUUUUUUCAGUAGGAUCCAGCCCCUUUUAGUUUGCACUGGUUUAGCACUCCCUUCCAAUACUGGGACAUCGCCAGCACAGCCUAGGGGAGUGAAGCUACUGUGUAAAAUUCCAGGGCAUCCAUUCAGAACACCAGGAGUCCCCAGACAGGCUGCUUUACUUGCUAUCGAAUCAAGUUUCUUUUAGGAAACUUAGAAGGCUCAAUUUUCUUGUGCAAUGUUAUUUCCACACCUUGAAAUGUCCUGGUACUCGGAGUGAAUGUGCAGGGAGCACAGCACCACAAGAUCUUCAGCACAGGAACAGAGGGCAGUGCUGAUAGGAAGUGGAUUCUAAGCAGUCCUUUAUGGAGACUGGCGUGGUCCCUCAGUGUUUGCUGCACACUGAGCGUGUUAUAGAUCGGAAUGCUACUCACCACAAGGACCGUUUAAACGCAGUGUUUAUUGUAGAAAAGAACAAGCCCUAGACAAGUAGUUAUUAGCAUUCUGUAAUUAUUGCAUUAUUUUUAUAUAUAUAUAUAUAUAUAUUUUUAGAGUAUUUAGUUUCGACUAGAGGUUCUGCAGACUAAAGGAGCUUCUUAGUUUUGUAUAGAAAUAUUUUAACAUUUAUUUUGAAAUAUCUGUAUUUAGUUUGCUUUUAUUAAGAACAAUGUUAGUUCCGUUGGAAUCAGAUGCCCAGUGCCAAUAAUAACUCUGGUGUACCUGCUGAGGGAUAGCUUGGAAAUAUACGUGCCACUCCUCCUCCAUGAACAAUAAUUUCAUCUCUAGCGUCUCUCUGCCAUGAAAGCAAUGAAAUCAAAUAUAUCUGAACAAACAGGAAGUUCCCUGCAGUGCCACAGUUAGUUUUUUUUUCAAUGAAUAACAUGCUUGUAGUUUUAUAGGAUGAAGUGUUGAACCUCUUUAUAAAAUGUUGCACUUAUUUGAUAAAACGGGACAGACUAACUUUGAUUCCUCCCUGGAACUGUUUGUCAAGCAAAUCUGCUCCCUCAAUCCCUAACUCUUGGGGCAAAACACCCCUUAAAACAGAGCUGCUGAGUGCUGUGUAACAGAGAACCCCAGAGCCCUCUUGCGCAGGACUCAGUGCUGCCUGGGUCUGUGCAGCUGUUAGCAAUCACCCAGGCUGCACAAUCAAUACAAACCCUGUGCUGUGUGUGGACAGUUAAGAACAGCAAAGUGAACCACAGAGACACAUCACCAUACACAGAACAGCAACAGAGAAGCACCUCAGCCUGUCAUGAGCCCAUCCGUAUCACAGCACGCAUUCAACCUACACUACAACAUACAGUCACUUCAGAUUUAUACACGAGGAAUUGAGCACUGCUUGUUCAAAUGUAUUUGUGGGACACAUCUGUCUGGUGUACCUGAAAGGGUAAAUAGGCAACUCUCCAGCACUAGAGGAAAUGUAGAUCUUUUCACAAUUAUCAUUCAUUAGGUUAUAUAGUAACCUAAUUUCAGUAAUGAUUAAAGCAAUAAUCCUUUUUAUUUUCUUAGUGUCGUUAUGGUGGCACAAAGGUAAAACGACUUUUCCUUAACGAAAGCAGCAGUUUUAUUAUGCUGCCAAAGGUCAGGGCUUUGAAACAGAAAAUCUCUCUCUCUCUCUGGAUGUCUUUGUACUGCACAGAGAGAGGGAGAGAAACAGGAAUGAAAAGCAGAGGUCUGUGCAGCCAGACUCGCACUCCCUGCAGUGAGAGUCACUGAUGUUACUUUGGGUAAGGAAAUCCAAGACUCCUGUAUUAGGCCUGUCGGAGGCAGGAGCUCUGUGGAAGGAAUGCGUUUCAUUUUCUGUAUCGUACUCACUGAGUUUAUUAAACAAACCUGUAAACACUA